CAUAAAUGCCACUAUAAUUUCAGUGUGCUAGUAGUAAGAACCGUUACUAUAACGUAAAAUCUAGGCAGUUACUUGCUACAUAGGUUCACUGCCGCCAAGCAUCUCACAGCUAAAAAAGCACUUAAAGGGCCUCGGCAACUUCCAAGGGUUCAUACUUGUUAAUUCAAAUCGCAACUUGCAUCGCAUCGCUCUAUUAGCGGCCUUUUUAAAUUUCAUUGUUCUACUUAUCCAUAUUCUCCUGUAGCUGACUCACUUUCUUUUUCCCACCGUUUAAGCUUCUUCGCACAUAUUAUUGUUCGGGUCGCUCUUCUAUUGUCAUUCCAGGUUUAACUCAUAUCAUUCACAUGCUUGACGAUUAAGCCUGUUGUUGGCCGACCCGUACAACUGGUUCGCGGGGCUUGCGAUUGGGUUUGGCGAUACUCUGCGGUUCACGAUCUGGGCAAAGAGGGACUAAGUCCUUAACAUAGCAAAAUGGAGAUGAAUGAAGCAACGCCUUCUGAUAUUGAUUCAACUCCGCAAGACAAUCCGCAGCAUGUGUUGGACAAGAUGGAUAAGGCUCCCAGUCCAGUCGGUCCAAAUAAAGCAGCAGAAAUUCUAGGUGAUGCGCCAGAUCCAGAUGAAGACGAUCUCUCUGACCUAGACGAAUUCUUGGGUGAAUUUUCUAGCGCAAGCCUGGACGCAAAGAAACCUGCCACAGCAUCUGGACCUGGAAUACCUACUACAGAUUCAUCUGCACCAGCUCCAGCGGCAGCAACAGCUUCAGACACGGACAACCCCCUAGAUGAUCUUGACGAGUUUCAGAAACAGCUGCAGGCCGGCAUGGAAGAACUAAUGAGUGGUUUGGAUAACUCGCCGGACAUGCAAGCCCAGUUCGAGAACAUAUUCAAAGGGCUCGGGGAAGCUGUCCCGGAAGGCUCAGGGAGCGCAUCAGACUCAACACCGCAACCAUCAAAGAAAGCAGCUGAAGACUUGAGUCAAGACGCCUCAUUUCAAGAGACGAUCCGACGUACGAUGGAAAGGAUGCAAGAAUCCGGCGAUCAGGCCACAGCGGCGGCUGCGGCUGAAGGAUCCGAGGACGAUUUCAUUGCUGAGAUGUUAAAAGCGAUGAAGGACCUCCCUAACGAAGGAGGCAACGAAGAAGACUUCUCUAAGAUGCUGAUGGGAAUGAUGGAACAACUCACUAACAAGGAGAUCCUUUACGAACCGAUGAAAGAGUUGAACGAGAAGUUCCCGGCAUGGAUGGAGAAGAAUAAAGCCACCCUAGCGAAAGAUGAUCUGAAGCGCUAUGAAGACCAGCAAGUCCUAGUUGCAGAGAUGGUUACCAAAUUCGAGGAGCCAACAUACACCGAUUCCAACGUGACGGAUCGAGAGUACAUUGUAGAUCGCAUGCAAAAGAUGCAAGCAGCGGGCUCGCCGCCUCAUGACCUAGUUGGAGAUAUGCCUUCUGCUAAAGAAGUGCUUGACGCGCCUGACGACUCAUGCGCGCCACAGUAAUGAUAUACAAGGGGAAAUAUUACACCUCAUUUCCUCGUUUUUAUACACCCGGGUUGUGUGAAGUCCCAAUCCCAAAAUUGCCAUGUAACAAAGGC